AUGUUCUCCCAGAAUCACCAGCAGGGCCACAACUCCCGCAUCAAUGGGGCCCCCGGCGGCCGGGGCAUCCCUAUGCUGUACAACUACCAACAGCAACAGCAACAACACCACCAGACCCAUCUCCAGCACCACCAGGCUCAACAGGCGGAACAUGCCGCCCACAACGGCAAUGGUGGCGUCAUGGGCCACCACUCGGCCUUCACCGGCGUCAUGGGGAAUUCCAGCCCGUACAGCAACAACGGCUUGCAGAACGGCCAGGGCGGGGCCGCAAGGGGAGGACAAACACAGCAGAUGACCGAGCAUUGGGGCGAGCAGCUUCGCUUGUUCGAGGAGUCCAAGCAAGCCCACCGCGCCAUGACCGAGCAGAACCAACCGCACUACUACGCCAGACUAAAGGCUUCCGAGAACCGUGGCAUCGCCGGACCUUCGCCCACCUCGGGCAAGAACAAUGGUGAUGACGAGGCGGAUGACAGGAGACGGCCGUACAGCCUGGAAGCAAAGAAGGAAAGGCAAAACUGGCACAACAUGGACCUCAGUGGCCAAGGACUUCGAAACCUCGCCCCCGCCCUCUUCCGCUACCAAUUCCUCCACGACCUCUUCAUCGCCUCCAACCGCCUGCAGACGCUCCCUCCCGCCAUCGGCCAGCUUCGCCAGCUCCGAUACCUCAACGUUUCCUUCAACCAAAUCAAGAUCCUCCCUCCCGAGCUCGGCAUGUGCACCUACCUCAACCAGCUGCUCCUCUUUGAGAACCAAAUCGCGACUCUGCCCUUCGAGCUGGGCUCCCUACAUCUGUUGGAAGUCCUUGGUAUUGAGGGCAACCCUCUCGACCAGGACAUGAAGCAGGAGAUCAUGGAGAAGGGCACCAAGAGCUUGAUCAACCUCCUCAAGGAGCAAGCUCCAGUGCCGCUUCCCCCGUCCCCUCGAAAGUGCAUCACUGUGCAAGAAGAUGUGUCGCCUACCUUGGAAAGAGUCAGAGUUUUUAGCUGGAACGUUCUGUGCGACAAGUACGCGACGCCGCAGACAUAUGGAUACACGCCGACGGAGGCUCUUAACUGGAACUACCGAAAGGCUUGCAUUAUGGAAGAGCUACGCGAGAAGGAUGCCGAUCUGCUGUGCUUGCAGGAAAUCUCGACCGAGGCGUUCAAGGAGGAGUUCAGCCCCGACCUGGCGACGAUGGACUACCGAGGUAUCCACUGGCCCAAGACUCGUGCGAAGACCAUGGCCGAGAAGGACGCGCAAGGAGUUGACGGUUGCGCUACGUUCUACAAAGCGAGCAAGUGGAUUCUGCUCGACAAGCAAGUCAUUGAGUUUGCCGCCAUCGCCAUCAACCGCCCGGAUAUGAAGAACCAGCACGAUGUGUUCAACCGUGUUAUGCCGAAAGACAACAUCGCCGUGGUCGCAUUCCUCGAGAGCCGUCUCACAGGCUCACGCAUCAUCCUCGUCAACGGACAUUUGGCCUGGGAAUCGGUUUUGGCAGACGUCAAGCUGAUCCAGACUGGUAUCUUGAUGGAACAAAUUACAAAGCUGGCCGAGAAGUACGUUCGCUGGCCGGCACUCAAGGACAAGAAGCCCAUCGUAUUCUCUGCUACUGCCAAGGAUGGAGAGGAGCCGCCGCCGCCCGCCAAGGAACCCGGCCCCAGCCAGGAGUACCGCAACAACACCGACAUCCCCUUGCUUGUCUGCGGUGAUUUCAACUCAACAGAAGACAGCUCUGUCUAUGAGCUCCUGUCUACCGGAAGAGUCCCGCCGAACCACACCGAACUGUCUAGCUUUCAGUACGGUAGCUUUACGCGCGACGGUAUCGACCACCCCUUCAGCUUGCGGGAUGCCUACGCACACCUCAAGAACACCCCCGACGAAAUGCCCUUCACAAACUACACGCCCGGUUUCUCAGACGUCAUUGACUACUUAUGGUACUCGACCAACACGCUUGAAGUGGUGGACCUCCUCGGCCCUCCCGACGCGGAAUACCUCAAGCGCGUGCCUGCCUUCCCCAACUACCACUUCCCAGCGGAUCACAUCCAGAUCAUGGCCGAGUUCGUCAUCAAGGCGAGGAAGGACAAGAAGGCGCACCCGGAACCGGAUUUUGGAUCAGGAAGCCAGGGGCAAGGCCGGUAG